UUUAAUUAAAACGGAAAUUGCGGCCCCUGCCCGCGCCGGGGGCCGCAGGGUUCCAAGCUGCCUGGUAGCUGGGAGCGUGGCUCCAGGACCCCCUCCAUCCCCGCUUCACCCGGCCAGCCCCCUCCCUCCAGGCCCUGCCGGACCUGGCGCUGUCUUCAUCUCCCAAGUACCCGCGGUCGCAUCGGGCGGGGAUCAGUACCCCAGAGCGCAAAGCCUGACGCGUCCCCCCUCUUUCACCCCCCCCCCCAACCUCCCACCACCCAGCCUCGGGCGGCGAUGAGACAGAGCGGCGCCUCCCAGCCCCUGCUGAUCAACAUGUACCUGCCAGAUCCGGUCGGAGACGGUCUCUUCAAGGAGGGGAAGAGCCCGGGGUGGGGGCCGCUGAGCCCUGCGGUACAAAAAGGCAGUGGGCAGAUCCAGCUGUGGCAGUUUUUGCUGGAGCUGCUGGCGGACCGUGCCAACGCAGGCUGCAUCGCGUGGGAGGGUGGCCACGGCGAGUUCAAGCUCACGGACCCCGACGAGGUGGCGCGGCGCUGGGGCGAGCGCAAGAGCAAGCCCAACAUGAACUACGACAAGCUGAGCCGCGCGCUGCGCUACUACUACGACAAAAACAUCAUGAGCAAGGUGCACGGCAAGCGCUACGCUUACCGCUUCGAUUUCCAGGGCUUAGCGCAGGCCUGCCAGCCGCCCCCGACGCACGCCCAGGCCGCCGCCGCCGCCGCUGCAGCGGCUGCCGCAGCCCAGGACGGCGCACUCUACAAGCUGCCGGCCGGCCUGGCCCCGCUGCCCUUCCCCGGCCUCUCCAAACUCAACCUCAUGGCCGCCUCUGCCGGCGUCGCGCCCACCGGCUUCUCCUACUGGCCGGGCCCGGGCCCCGCCGCCACCGCCACCGCUGCGCUCUACCCCAGCCCGGGUUUGCAGCCCCCGCCCGGGCCCUUCGGCGCGGUAGCCGCCGCCUCGCACUUGGGGGGCCAUUACCACUAGACCGGCGGCGGGGUGGCGCGAGGCCUCUCCCAGAAGCCCAGGCCCGCGCUCAGUCCCAUCUACGUCCUGGGGAGGAGUCCCCACGCCUCCCCACCGUUCCUUUGACUUCAGAUUUGACUCCAUUCGCCGCACCCAGCCCUGGGGGAAAGGAUCUGAAACCGUCUCAAUCUUCCUUUAACGGCUGAUUCCCCUCACCCACCUCCCAACCCCUAGGGGAGGGUGACUGUGUCCCCCCACUUCCUCUAACUUCCAUCUUCUUCUAGACCUCAGAUCCCUGACGGGAGGUUUUCGGCUUUCCCUGUUGUUUCCUCUCAUCCACCUGUGCUUAGGCCUGGCUCCGGCAAGCCCCCUCCAUUAAGACCCCUCUCUUUUGAAUUCCAAAUCUUUUUUUCAUAUUUUCUCUUCCCCAUGGAGCUGCCCGACCCCAGUAGGGUGGAGGCCUCUCACAGUCCACCUUCUCCUCCUGGGCACUUCAGCAGGCUUGGUCAGGGCCACUGCCCCCAUGACUUCCCUACGCGCUUUGGGGCCCCUCCCUCCCACCUCUAUUCUCUCGGCUGGACAGGCCUGGUGUGUUUCUAUUCCCUUCCAGACCCAUUAAAGCUCCCAAGUUCUCUGCUGCCUCCUCUCUCAAUUCCUUGCUUCACCAGAACCUUGUUUCAGGGAGGAAAGAAGUGAGAUGCCCAGCGUAGGCCUGAGCAGAAAGGCCUGCCAAAGAAGAGCUGGAGAGAGCCAGGGCAAAGAGGCUGGGGUGCUUGCUACUGGAGGGGAGGGAGGAGCCCAUGGUGAUGGGCCCAGCCAAGAGGGAGGCGCCAUGUUCCAGAUACACCCCCCCCCCCCACACACACACUCACCUUGCAGCCGACCUCAGUCUGCCUCACCCUGCCUUCCACCCACACCUUCACCCUACUUUAUGCCAAUCUCAUCCCAACACACAUGGUCAUCUCACCGUUUCCCAUUUCACCCAUCCUUCACCUGCCCCUCAUCUCAUCCUAACCUCCAUCCUACUUCGUCUCAUCUCCACACAACACAAACUCAACCUUUCCUCAGUCUCCCAUUUCAUCCACUUCUAACUCU